CUGUUUACAAACCAGCUGAGAGGAGCCGACGAGGCAGAAUGAGGAGUCCUGCGUGAACCGAGCACAGAAUCAUCCUUUUCUUCUGAGUCUUGUGCCGUGGAGAAUAACCAGGCUGUGACAGUCCGGCUGGCUCGUGGCCAUGCAGCAUCCCAAUUUUGAAACUCGCCAUCCGCUCCAGACAGAAGAGCAGCAGGAGACGGGGUUUGACCCGCUACAAAAUUUCAACAAGAACCGCAGCAGAGGAUCUCUUGACAGCAGCAGUUACUCACAGUCUCAGUCAACCUUCCUCUCAUACAGGAAUGAAUGGGACAACCUGUUCCUCAACAGUAAUUACCUGGCCAGGAUCCGGCAGGCAGGCAUCAACGGUCAACUGAGGAGCAGCCGCUUUCGGAGCGUCUGCUGGAAGCUGUACCUGGAGGCUCUUCCUGAAGACAAGGGGCAGUGGAUCAACAAGACCAAAGAGCUCCGGGCCCAGUAUGAGAAGAUCAAAGACACGCACAUCACUAACCCUCGCAAGGCUGCAGGCCAGCAGGACCUGGGGGUCAAUAACCCUCUGUCUCAGGAUGAGGGGAGUCUGUGGAACAAGUUCUUCCAGGAUAAAGAGCUGAAGGGGAUGGUCAAACAGGAUGUGUUGAGAACGUUCCCUGAGAUCCGUUACUUCCAGGAUGAGGAUGUGAGGACCAAGCUGACGGACAUUCUCUUCUGUUAUGCCAGAGAAAAUGAACAGUUACUGUAUAAACAGGGGAUGCAUGAGCUGCUGGCUCCCAUAGUGUUCGUGCUGCACUGCGAUCAUCAAGCUUUCCAGCAUGCCAGCGAGACGGCCAGCCCCAGUGAGGAGAUGAAGUGUUUGUUGAACCCAGAGUACCUGGAGCACGAUGCCUAUGCCAUGUUCUCACAGCUAAUGGAUACAGCAGAGCCGUGGUUCUCCAGCUUCGAGAGAGAAGUCAGGAAGGGUAAGGAGGAGAUGCUGACCAGCAUCCCGUUCGCUCGGCCCCAGGACUCAGGACCAUCUGUUGCCAUAGUGACCAAAGUUAACCGCAUCCAGGACCAGCUGGUGAAGAAGCACGACGUGGAGCUGCACAUGCACGUAAACCGGCUGGAGAUAGCCCCACAAAUAUAUGGCAUCCGGUGGGUGCGUCUACUGUUUGGUCGUGAGUUCCCGCUCCAGGACCUGCUGGUGGUGUGGGACGCCCUGUUUGCCGACAGCAUCACUCUGGACCUGGUGGACUACAUCUUUGUGGCCAUGCUGCUCUACAUCCGGGAUGCUCUCAUUGCUAGUAACUUCCAGACCUGCCUGGGCCUGCUAAUGCACUACCCUCCACUAGGAGAUAUCAAUGCUCUGCUCCAAAAGGCUCUCUUCCUCCGAGAUCCCAAAAACAACCCACGACCUGUGAACUACCAGUUUCAGCAGAACCUGGAUUACUAUAAAACAAGGGGAGCUGACCUGAUGAACAAGACACGUUCCAGUACAAAAACGGCCCCCCUCAACAUCAACAAGGUCUCCAGCAGCCUGCUGAGCUUUGGCAGGAAGCUGAUCGCUCCGGCCAUAUUGGGUGGGUCCGGCGGGAUCUCGCCAAUCAACACCGAAGUGCACUCCUCCUCUUCCUCCUCCUCAUCUACUUCCCCCGCCUCGGCCCCUGCACCCGCCCUGACUCACCCACUCGCCGAGCCGCCGUCAGCAAAGGCUCCAUCGCAGACCCAGAGCCACGCCCAGAAUCAGCACUAUCGCCUGCUCAAGUCCGAGAGCAUGCCCGUCCAACUCAGCAAAGAUGCAGUUUCAGGUGGAGUGUCUCAGGUCUCCCUCCCAACCCCGACUCACACUGACACACAAGGACAAAGCUCCAGGACGGUUAGCUCCUCUCCGAGCAUAGAAAGUCUCUCUGGUGGGCGGGCUCAGUCCACCGCCUCUCCGCCCCUUCCUCCCUCCAGAGGCAGUGACGUCAGCACUUCCUCACCUCCGCUCUCUGCAACCAAGAAAGACUCUUUCUUCAACAUUACUCGCUCCCGCUCCCACAGCAAGACCAUGGGCAAGAAGGAGUCGCUGAGCUGUUCGGAGGAUGAUCUGGAAGCCCAGGUGUCUUUCCUGCAGGGACAGAUCAACGACCUGGAAGCCAUGAGCAAAUUCUGUGCCAAGAUGAUGAACACACACAUCUGCAAAAUCCAGGAAGUUAUUCUGCAAGAAAACCUGGAGAAAGAGGAUGAGGUCCUGGUGUCAUUAGCUGGUCUCAAACAGAUAAAAGACAUCCUGAAGGGGGCGCUGCGCUUCAACCAAAGUCAGCUGGAGGCGGAGGAAAACGAGGAGAUCACCAUUGCCGAUGAUCACUACACCUCCAUUGCGGCUGCUGAAAAGGCUCGAGCUGCCAUCAAUCACCAUGGCGACCACCAACAGAAAGAAAGCAGCAGGCCGAGCCGGGAUUCCGAUCUGGACGGCAGCGUGAGCACGGACGAGCAGGAGCAGGAGCAGGAGCAGGAGCAGGCGCAGGCCACGACUCCACCUGAGCAACAGGUGGCGUCUUUCCACGGCUCAGAGGUUAAAAACUGGGACGACUACAUCUUUGUGUCCCAGGAUGGUGACCUGCAGGCUCCUGAGGGGGGAGGAGCCGGAGGAGAACAGUCCGCAGCUGAGCAGACCCCUCCGAUCAGGCGAGGGCGCGGCCCGGUGCGCAUGGAACCCGAGGGCGAGGCCGGGACCUUCCACGACCCGCUGAUGGCCGCCAUCACCUCGGGCUCCUCCAGCCCGGACGAGGGCUCCACCCACAGCAAGGACUCUGACUUCACCAUCGUGAACCCCAACGACCUGUGAACAAGCCAAUCAGCCCUCAUUCCUCUUCUUCUUCCUCUUCUUAUUCCUGUAUCAUCUCCCCCUCCUGAGGGUGUGAUCAAAGAAAACUGACUCGGGCUCAGAGAGGGGAACCUUGCAGAUUUGGUUGGAUCACCACUGGAGCUGCUGUCAGCUAGAAUAUUGCACAUGUGGACUGUGACACUUUAAGUCAAAUACCUUAUACUCUGUCUCUUUAACUGUCAUCUGUGCCACUUCAGUCCCGUCUGAGCUGAUGCUAUAUUGAUGCGUUCUCAUCUGCCUAAUGCCCAUCUCCUCAUUCAUUGUGUCCCGUCACUCAUUUAAUUGUAGUGCUCUGCUUCACAGAGGGAGGGCGCCACUGUACUGCUUAACCAUGUCACUACAUGAUUACUCUGAGAAGCUGGACCUCAAACUGCAGUUUACUGUUGGGGAAGGACACUCUUCCCCCGAGCCUGCUGUAUUGAUAGAGUGUCAUACUCCUUUUCUUCUCAAUGUGGAGAUCUGGCCUGUCUGUGUUUUUUAUGUUUGUCUACGUCCUCACAGAGGAGGCGCUCUCCUCUGACUCUCAAAACAACAGGAUAACGUUUUCCUGUCAGUCGGGGAGAGCAGCUUUUCUCCCCCUCCCAAACCAGUGCCUAUGACCAUUGAUCUUCUCUCAACCAAACAAAACCUGACUCUGUGAUCUUAUCCUUUUUUUUUUUGUCAGAUUUUUUUAAAGAAUAUUUUUAACCCUUAAACAUUUGGUUUCCUGGAUAAAAUGAUUAAAUUAUGAAAUACACCUGUUUCCCUCCCCCCCUUUUUUUGUUUUUAAAAUCGAUCCCAAUGUGGACAUUUUAAUGUGGAAACUGACACUUCUCAUUUCUCACAUUACAACUAAGUUGUUCAUUGUGGAAACCAUGUAAAGCAGCGCACACAAAGAAUGUCCCUCUAGCUGCACGUUCAGCAUAAUUAACUCCAGACCAAUAAAGUGACAUUGCUCUUGCUACACACUGAA